AUGAAAGCGAAAAGUGCGUCGGUGCGCGGUGCGACUAGUGAAAAAGAAGAAGAACAGGGCGAACCGAAGAGAAAAGGAAAUAGAGAGAAAGAUCCGCUCCCGAACUCAUUGGUGACGACCGCCAAUGAAAGCGAGAAGUUGCAGACCACACAUGAGAUCUGGCAUGUUCAGCGACUCACGCCGAUCGUCGGCAAUUCGACUGCUAUUCAUGUGCCAGCUCCUCAUCCUCAUUUGAACUUGGUGUGA